UUAACAACUCCGAGGCCUGCGCAGCUAACAUCAGCGUCCAGGGAACAGUAUCCGUUAUCCGACAUGUCCUGUCCUACUUAACCCCUUUCCCGCGGAAUCUGGCAGUGUCCCAUUAAACAGUCACUCCACUGCAUUGAAAGAUAUUUCCAUUGCAUUUUCUUAAUUUAAUAUGAUGGCCGAGCACGGUUUCGUUUUAUCAACGAUACCGGCCGGUAAAGCUCAUCGGUGUUGACUGUGGACAAGUUGGUGUUGUGUUAACGUGACCACCGCUGCGUUAACGUUAGUGAAGCCACAAACGCCACCAUGUCAACAAUGUGUUGUCGGAGGAAAAAUGAAAAACGACGCCAGGAAACAGUCCUAACGAAAGCCGAAUACAAAGGAAAGUUGCUACAUGUUACUGGGCUGCUAGCUAACUCACAUGUCCGACAAUGGAGUUGUAAAUAAAGCGGUUUGCAUUUGCAUUCGUCUAUUGUAGGGGUGUACAUUAACAUUACCGUGUCCAGCUCGGUGAAUACAUGGACCAGUGCAGUGGAUUUGAAUUUAACAUGGAUGACUGUGAGAAGUUUGAAAUUUCAGAGAACAUUGUGAACAAGGGAACAGAGCAGAUCAGGCCUGAAUGCUUUGAGCUGCUAAAAGUUUUGGGGAAAGGUGGAUAUGGAAAGGUGUUUCAAGUUCGGAAGGUAUCAGGUGCCACCUCUGGGAAGAUAUUUGCUAUGAAAGUUUUGAAGAAGGCCAUGAUUGUGCGUAAUGCAAAGGACACGGCGCACACUAAAGCUGAGAGGAGCAUUCUGGAGGAGGUAAAGCAUCCUUUCAUCGUGGACCUCAUCUAUGCCUUCCAGACGGGGGGGAAAUUGUACCUUAUCCUGGAGUAUUUGAGCGGAGGGGAGCUGUUUAUGCAACUGGAAAGAGAGGGCAUCUUCAUGGAAGACACAGCAUGUUUCUACCUGGCAGAGAUCUCGAUGGCGCUGGGUCACCUGCACCAGAAAGGCAUCAUCUAUAGAGACCUGAAGCCUGAGAACAUCAUGCUCAACAACAACGGACAUGUGAAGUUGACAGACUUUGGUCUUUGCAAAGAGUCCAUCCAUGACGGAACGGUCACCCACACCUUCUGUGGCACUAUCGAAUACAUGGCUCCAGAGAUCCUAAUGAGGAGUGGACAUAACCGAGCAGUGGACUGGUGGAGUUUGGGAGCUCUCAUGUAUGACAUGCUGACAGGAGCACCUCCAUUCACCGGUGAAAACCGAAAGAAGACAAUUGACAAAAUCUUGAAAUGCAAACUCAGCCUUCCACCUUACCUCACACAAGAAGCCAGGGACCUUCUGAAAAAGCUGCUUAAACGAAAUGCCUCGUUGCGACUCGGGGCUGGACCAGGAGAUGCUGCUGAGGUCCAGGCCCACCCAUUCUUCCGGCAUACAAAUUGGGAUGACCUCUUCGCUCGCAAAGUAGAGCCUCCAUUUAAACCAUACCUGCAAUCGGCUGAUGACGUGAGCCAGUUUGACUCCAAGUUCACCAGCCAGACUCCAGUGGACAGCCCCGACGACUCCACGCUCAGCGAGAGUGCCAAUCAAGUCUUCCUGGGUUUCACAUAUGUAGCUCCAUCUGUGCUUGAAAACGUCAAAGAGAAGUUCUCUUUCGAGCCAAAGGUGCGCUCACCACGGAAGUUCCCAGGAAGCCCAAGAACACCUGUGAGUCCGUUGAAGUUUGUUGGAGGGGAAUGCUGGCCAAGGGGACCCACGCUGACCAGGGGCACUGCGGGGCAACCCAUGGAGGUGUCCACAGCGGAGCAGAUGGACACGAGCAGCAGCGGCGCCUCUGAGGCCUCUGCACCACUUCCCAUCAGGCACCCUUCGGGCAUCAAUGCAGGGUCCUACAAAAAGCAGACCUACCCUAUGAACUGCAAGCGGCCCGCUCAUCUACGAAUGAACCUAUGACACUCGGCUCACCUACGAACAUUAGGACUCUUCCAAUUCCUCAGCCUUCUUCCUUUUGUUGUUUCCUUUCAAAGAGACUUGUAGAUUUUAUUUUAUUUUUUAUUGACUGACACUGUCGGUGCAGAUCACCAGCUCUUCCAGCAGCGCCUUCCCAUCCCUCCUGACUCAGCCUGGCCUCCUCAGCCUGAUGUAAAUAAUCAUCAGUAGAAGUACAGUAGAUGUGUAGUCAGUCGGAGGAGUUGUGCGAGAGACGUGACUUGCUUGUUGGCUGGCUAAUGCCUGCUGACGAAGUGGGCUGAGGCGGUUUCAGUAUCAUAUGAUUUACUGGUGCUCUUUUAUGCUCAAAUCUGGACGUUAGUUUUUAGUAAUCACAGUGAGAGAAUUUGGUUACAAAGGGCAUUUAUUUCUCCUUCAACAUGCCCGGCUUUGUUUUUGUUUGACAGUUAUCUUGCGAUAAGAACUUGCAGGUUGCACUGUCGGGUAGAAUUAUUGAACAAUUCCACGAUGAACACAGUAUUCCUUUUAUGUUUGAGGAAAACAUUGCCUUUGCCACCGUAGCGUGUGGUUAGGAGUAGGUGAAGCACGGCUUACGGAAAAGCAGCUAUAAAAAGAUAAAGUUAACGCCGUGGACAUAGACUAUAGGGGGAUAAACCUAGACUUAAAUGAGUGGACCAUCUCCCAAUUCCUGUUUGAGCUGCUAUAAGAGCCUCUGGAGUCAAGCCAUUCCAAACCCCUCGCCCUAAAACUGACCAUGCUGUCGGAUGCAGAUUCCCACGAGGCUAACUGAAUAUUAGCUUCAGUUUGAAUGGCUCCCUGAUGUUUCUUGUUAUCCUAAUACUUGGUGUUUAAUGAAUUGACCAAAAGCACUGUUUCAAUGAACCAAAUGAGUUCUGCUGGUAAACAGACAAACCCCGAACAACGAUGUUUUUGUAAGAACGGCAAGGUUUCAAGGGUCAAACAUGUUCAUAACGUCAUAUUUGAUCAAACUGACUUUGUUUUCCACAUUGAUGCUCAAAGAGGCAGUUUAAUGUGUUCCUUUAAGUUACUUUGCACAUUUGUAACCAAGUGAAGCUAGCUUAGAUGGCGGUUCUAAUAUGGAUCAGUGCCAGGCUGAGCCCAUUGGUUUUCUUCUUCUGCCAUUCCGGUACAACAAUUGUGUUUUAAGACCAGUCACUCCACUUACUUUCUUUGUUACAAUAUUUAUUUAAAGUGCCAUUGUGUUUCCCCUGCAUUGUUCACACUAUGCAAACUAUGUAUUUAUUAUUUAGAUAAAGCAGCAGAAUGUGUGAUCAUUUGAUUUGGCAUUCUUGUAAGAGACUUAUUUUGUCAUAAUAAUAAGCAUAUACAGUAUAAUUUUGUUUCUGCAAAACAUGUCUUACAACUUUCUUUGAUGCAUUUUUUUUAUUAUUAUUCCAAAAUUGAAGACCAUGACCUAAACGUCGUACAGUAUUGAUUGUGUGCAAACCAAUGCAAAAAAACCAAGGAUGUUCAUGUCUUCGCUGUCAGUGUGUCUGAGAAAGGUUGGGAGACUAAAGAAUGAUUCUUUGUGCUCCUGUACUUGAGUAUUCUCCACACUGAGAAGAUUGAGAACCAUCUUUUCAAGCUUACUUCCAAGUUGGAAACACCAUCUUUGAGUAGAAUGGGUGUUUUAAUCACUGGUGGGCAUUAAAUAACAUUGUUUAUCACCCCUAAAUCUGCCCCCCUCAGAUUGGGUAUGUUAAUAUGUAUCAUGUACAUAAUUGAGUCAAAAUAAAAAAAGAAAUGGAUCUAGUCUCUGAGCAGUGCCACUGUAACAGAAUGGAUAGUACAAAGCAAAGUGGCAAAAUCUGUUAAUUUUAGCGGUUUAGUCAGGCUAUCUUGUGACAUUUUAAGGAUUCAUCACUUAAUUUUAAGCAGGCUCUACUCAACCUCUGUACAUCAGUCUAAAUACUAUUUAGACUUUAACGAUGGUCUUAGACGGUUACUGUAAGAUUCUCAUUUUGUUACAUAAACGAGUCAAACAUUAAAGUUGUAGAUCUUUAUUCAGAUAGUUUAUGCAUCUAAAUGGAUAAAAAUAACACAGUGAAAUGAUUUUUGUACAUAUUAAAAUAGAUGCUUCUCCCAGUCUUUGGUUUUUAUAAAAACGAGGUUAUGUCACCUCCAUAGAAAAAUAAUUUGUGUAAAUCAAUAUCUCACAAGCUCUGUUGCAUGCUUUU